AAACAGACGCCAUUUUGGAUCUUGUACCGAGAGGUAUUGUACGUAUACCCUUACGUCUACUGUGAGCCAACAUGGCCGAUAAGACUCCUCAGUUUCCUACCAUGUGGAUAACGCAGAACGUCGCUCUGCGUGAACUCGUGUCUGUUUCCUGCGUGCUGAAGUGGAGCAGCAUGGCUUCAUCUGCGAAGAGGCGAGCUAUUGAAACGGGACUAAAUCCUCAAGACAGCGAUGAAAGCUCGGACGAGGGUCUGGAAGACUCUGGCGACGAGGACAAUGAAGAUUCAGAAGAAAUAAACGAGGAGGUUAUCGUGGACUUUGAGGCACACACGAUAUCUGACAACGACUUUCAUGGCAUUAAAACCCUUCUGCAACAGCUGUUCCUGAAGUCUCAAGGUGGCAGACAAGCGGAGGUACCGGAGGACAGUGAUGACGAGGGCGACCCAGACGAGGUGUUUGGAGUCAUCAGCAUGGUGAACCUCACAGAGAGACAGGGUGUGGAGUGUCUGGAGAAGCUGAAGGAUAUGCUUAUAGAGCAGUGUGCCAAAAGCAGCUCCCCGGAUGUUCAGGAGCGGUUCGAGCAGCUGCUGCUGGGAUCGUCUCGUGUGUGUGUGUGUGUGUGUGUGUGUGUUGAUCAGGGUGUGGAGUGUCUGGAGAAGCUGAAGGAUAUGCUUAUAGAGCAGUGUGCCAAAAGCAGCUCCCCGGAUGUUCAGGAGCGGUUCGAGCAGCUGCUGCUGGGUAAUGGACACUCUGUCGGGCUGCUGCUGAGCGAGAGAUUCGUCAACGUCCCGCCACAGAUCGCCCUCCCCAUGCACAAACAACUUCAGAAGGAAAUGGCCGAAGCACAAAGGACCAAUAAACCCAGCGGUAAAUGCCAGUUCUGCCUGAUGAUCAGUAAAACCUGCAAACCAGUCAAGAAGAGCAGAUCUGGUCCAGCUCAACCCAAAGAGGAGCUGCUGUUUGUGAACGACGAGGAGGAGUUCUUCUAUGAGCAAGCCACGCUGAAGUUCAGCUACUGCGUUCAGGACGAGGCUGAUUCCUGUGCGACGGGAAAGUGGUCUUACGACGACGUACCGAUGAAACCAUUCCGCACGGUGAUGGUGAUCCCGACGGACAAGAUGGGAGCCGUCAUGGAUAAAAUGACUGAAUAUCUGACCGUCUGAACCGUCCAACACUGAACUCUUCUUGGUCUAGAAAAGAGAUGUUUAAUGUCCCAGGCCUUGAGCUUAAGGCGUAAUGUAUAAACCAGCCACAAACCAGUGAAAUCAUUUAUUUCUGUACAUAAUCAGUUGAAAUUACCCACAAAAUAAACAAGCCAAACAGGA